CCUUUGUGUUUGAAGAUGAGCUUCAGCCCGACCUCAGACAGCCCUCCUCACGGGAGCAUCGAGGAGCAGAGGGAGCGAUGGGAGCGCAAACGCAUCAGGAUCUCCAAAGAACUGGUCCAAACUGAGCAAAAGUACUGCCAACAACUACAACUCAUCACCACGUAUUUUGUGGAGAUCCUGGCGGCCAAAGGGACCCUGAAGCCCGACGUGAGAGGAAGCAUCUUCAGCUCCAUUAAACACAUCCACAGUCUGAACCAGGCUCUCCUGGUUCACCUGGAGAACGGGUACCUGGGCCGGGGCUUGGAUCAGUUCUGUCCGGAGCUGCAUCACUACAGAGUCUACGCCGACAACUUCUACAGCGCCCAGCGAGUGCUCCGGACGCAGCUGAAGAAGAGCAAAGCGUUCCGUCGCUUUAAGAAACUGCAGGAGAGUCGCCCGGAGUUCAAAGGUCAGAGCCUGGAGGAGCUGCUGGAGCUGCCCCUCGUCAGAGCGCAGCAAUAUAAACAGUUUGUGGAGGAUCUCGCCUCCAACACCAGCCCCCAGCACCACGAGUUCCAACAACUGUCCAGAGCAGUGGGGGCGCUGUCUGAGCUGAGCGACCGCAUCGAGGAGAACAGCCGACGCCACGAGAACCAGCUCCAACUGCAGAGAGUCCAGAGGCUCCUGACCGGAAAGACCAGGGUCCAGAAGCCAGGGCGCUGGUACAUCCGCGAGGGCUGGCUGAAGGUGGUGCCCCCUAAAGGCUCGGACCCCAAAGCGCACAUGUUCUUCCUCUUCUCUGACGUGCUGCUGCAGACGCGCCGCUCCAGCGCCCUCUCUCUGUCCUCGGGGGAACGCUUUGAGGUGCGCCGCGUGUUUCCUCUGAGCGAGUGCGCCGUCGACAAGGUGUUUGGACACACGAGGAGCCAGGGCGGUCUGCUCAACUUGUCGUUCCCAAAGGCUCGUCUGUUGCUCAUGUCCAGUGACCAGGACGACUUCAACGACUGGGUCACCUGCCUCACCUCAGCCGUCAGACAGUUCCAGUCUAAACCUACAGUGAUUCAUGAUAAAGUGAGUCCAGAGCCUGAGAGCAGCAGCGCCCCCCAGAGGAAGAGGCCGCUCAGAGGACAGGACCCUGUGAGUCCUCCUGAAACAGACAGCAGCGCCCCCAAGAGGAGGAGACAGGAGCCUGCAGCUCAGAGUGUGGACAGCUCCUCCUCCAGCUGCGUCAUCCUCUGAUUGGACGACACUGGGAUCAAACCGUCGUGUGAUUGGACCAAAGUGCCUCUUUAGAUACACACGUGUUUAGACUUUUAUCACCAUUUAUGUUUGUUUCAUGAGCUAAAACUAAAUGUGCAAUAAGUACCCGCCAGAAAAGUGGGUCUGAACCAGGACUAAACCAGGACUAAACCAGGUCUGAACAGGGACUAAACCAGGUCUGAACCAGGACUAAACCAGGACUGAACCAGGACUGAACAGGGACUAAACCAGGACUAAACCAGGACUGAACAGGGACUAAACCAGGACUAAACCAGGACUAAACCAGGACUGAACAGGGACUAAACCAGGACUAAACCAGGACUAAACCAGGACU